AUCUCCGAACUCAUCAUCGGAUGAACGAGCCCAUCAUGGGAGACUUUUUGGUGAGAUUCAGCAGUUUGGUGAUUCUGCUGGCCUCGCUGCAAGGCAGUCGCCCUCGCCCUCACCACCGACAGCUAGAAAAACUCCGCCUAAAGUCAUGCCUAAACCAGUGCGGAAGAAGUCAGACGAAGCUCCACCAGUUUCGAAACCCGUUUCCCAAUCCAGCGCAGGUGCCUCAGGCCUUUCUAAGACUUUGUCAUCAUGGAAGAAGAGUAGAGCUGUGUCAGCUCCUCCUGUUUCCAGAUUGCUUGACUCCAGUCAACAGCACGAAACCCUCAAAAACUCAAUCAAAGUACUCCCAGAGGAGGCUCCAGUACCCCUGAUUGAAGAGGAACGCAGGAAGAAAGCUGAGGACGAACUCUACGAGAAGAACAUCAGGAAUUACAAUCCGCGCUUGUUUAGGUUGCAACACAAGCUUGACACAACUGACGAACAAGACACGCCAAACAACUCUGUCACAUCACCAUCUGACAGGACUAGGGAUUCAAAGAAGGAAUCCCCAGAUAACCUGAGAAAGCAACGACGCUAAACUUCCAGGGCGACAAUGUGGAUGAGAAAAAUGUCAGCAUGCAAAUGAAACAAGUUUCGGCCUGCACAUGAAACAAGUUUUUGCCU